AUGGGAGUUCGAUUGGCAGGAAUGAUCCGCAUGAAGGAGACGCUUCAACGGUCCUUCAGGAAGCACCACUCGUUGGCGCCGGAUGUGCCGAAGGGGCACUUCGCGGUGUACGUCGGCGACAUGGAGAAGCGGUUCGUCGUCCCUCUCUCCUACCUGCAGCAUCCUUUGUUCCAGAGCUUGCUCCACAAGGCUGCAGAAGAAUAUGGCUUCGAGCACCCCCGAGGCAUGCUUAGGGUUCCGUGCAACGAAGAUGCCUUCGCCUCUCUCACUUCAAGAAUGAGCAGCUCGUGA